AUGUGGAUAUUUUCUAUCCUUUGUGCUGUUUUAAUUAUUUUGGCUAUGGCUGAUGUGGAUGCAGUAGCAAAGACCACACCAUACACCAGAUUUACGAAGAAAUCUGAGGCAAAAGAGAUGAUGAAGGGCCUAAAGCCAUCCAAUGGCUUCCCUCUGGAUGAAGAAAAAGCUCUCCUUACAGAAAUGGCUGCCAUGGUGGAGCCCACCACCGGCUCCCCUCCCUCGUCUAUGGCUGAGCCUACCACUGGUCCCUCUACCUCGGCCACUGCCAAUCUCUUUUCUUUUGAAAGCUUCUCUGUGGACACAGCUGAUUUCUUCUUGAAUUGCUGCCAUUGUUGUUCAUUUGUCCCUGGGCAGAAAGGAGAACCUGGAAAGAUGGGAAAACAAGGUUCUAAAGGAGAUCCUGGUGACAUUGGCAACCCAGGGCUCCCAGGAACCACUGGACCCCAAGGCCCCAAAGGCCAGAAAGGAGAGAAAGGACUAAAGGGAGAACGCGGGGACCAAGGAGUGGCUGGCAUUCCCGGAUACCCAGGAAAGCCAGGAGAACAAGGGGGACUCGGUCCCAAGGGAGAUAAAGGAAACAUUGGCCUGUCAGGAACGAAAGGACAAAAAGGCUCCAAGGGGGACCUGUGUGGGAAUGGCACCAAAGGAGAGAAAGGGGACCCUGGGGCUUCUGGUGCGCAUGGCUUCCUUGGAGAGCCUGGGGCCAAGGGCGAGAAGGGGGCUGUCGGGGAGAAAGGCUACCGUGGAGAUUCUGGGGAAAAGGGAGAAAAGGGUCAGAAAGGCGAGGCCGGGGUAGGAGAGAAAGGUAGCAGAGGAGAUGUCGGGGCUGAAGGCAAAAUGGGCUCAGAUGGUCCACCGGGACCCCCGGGCAAUCCCGGCCUGAAAGGAGAAAAAGGAGAGAUUGGCCCAGCUGGUUUCAUCGGACCUGCUGGGCCAAAGGGUGAGCUUGGGAGCAAAGGCAUUCGAGGGCCUACGGGGAAAAAAGGCUCCCGGGGUGUCAAGGGUUCCAAAGGCGAAGCCACUCAAGUCCCACAGUCGGCUUUCAGUGCCCUUUUGUCCAAGCCUUUCCCUCCGCCCAAUAUUCCCAUCAAAUUUGACAAGAUUCUCUCCAAUGACCAAGGGGAUUACAGCCCUAUCACUGGGAAAUUUAACUGCAGCGUUCCCGGGACCUAUAUUUUUUCUUAUCAUGUCACUGUGCGGGGGCGGCCUGCUCGCAUCAGCCUCGUGGCACGUAACCGGAAGCAGUUCAAAUCCAGAGAGACGCUCUAUGGUCAGCACGUAGACCAGGCCUCCCUCCUCCUCAUUCUGAAACUGAGUGCAGGGGACCAAGUGUGGCUGGAAGUGUCAAAGGACUGGAACGGACUGUAUGUUGGCCCCGAGGAUGACAGCAUUUUUAGCGGGUUCCUUCUGUACCCAGAAGGAACUCUUAGAAAGUUACCGUAA